AUGUCCUCAGCAGGCUCAGUGUCGACCCCAUUGGCUGGGGCUUCCAAAACCUCUGGGCGGUCGUGGCGUUCCCGCCAAGGGCCUCACCCAAACGAGCUGAGCGACGAGUGGCGACGGCCGCCGCAGUUGGAGCUACUGGGCUUGACGAUGACGACCGAUGCACUCGCUCUGAUGGCAGUUGCCCUUGCAGAAGCCAGCCCAGGAGGGGUCCUGGGGAGCCAGGUCCCAGCCCUGCUCCGAGCCGUCUCGGCGCUGGCUGGGCCCGCGGCUUCCUCGUCGACAUCACUCGUGCAGCGCCGGAGGCGGCGCCGUUCGGGGGCCUUGGAGUCUCUCCCUCAGCCUGGACGUGCUCCUGCCUCCUUGAGGCCGCGGCAGCAGCAGGCAUUCCGACGUUCGCAGCGGCAGUCGUCGCGCCUUCCGCCGUUGGGGCGUCGCCUCGCACCCCAGUCGCAGCAGACACCGCCGCCGCCAGCACGGUCGGCGACACCGGCGCCGGUGACGCGGAUAGCGCCGCCUCCGCAGUAUGUUCCGGACUCGCGCCCAGCCUCGUCCCCUCAGCCUCCGCCUGUGCAGCCCGCGGGGUGGCAGAGGGCGAAACUGAGCCGGCGUCAAAGGCAGCGGCAGAGGCGCCAGCAGACACCAGGACCGCAGGCACUCCAGCAGCCGCGACUCCAGACUCCUCACCAGCCGCCACCGCGGGCGGCGCAGCCGCCUCCAGCUCAAUCUCCGCUCCGUCGGUUUCCUUUGCCCCUCCAUCCGCAUCAGCAUCGCUCCUCGGUGUACCAUGUUCCUCCGUCCCCUCCUCCGCCCGCUCAGGUCCCUCAGUCUGUGUCGGGCCCCUCGUCAUUCCAUCAGUACUCAUUCCAAGGCCCCCCUGUGCAGCACCCAUGGGUUCCAGUAACGCCUCCUGCCCCGCCGCCCCCUCAAGCCGUGGUUCCUGGUCAGCCUCCAACUCUCGUCGAGCAGCGCGUGAUGCACGUGGGGACUUGCUUGACGCUCUUGUCGUACGUGCUAGACCAGCUUCACGUGACUCUGGUGCAGCAGGAGGUGCAGAUCGGGGAAAUGCAGCCAGCGGAGCAGACUGCGGCAGUGGCGGCAGCGGAGGAGUUGCAGCAUUACCUCCCGCUGAUUGGCUUUGUGCCGGGCUCCCCCGGGGCUGCCCUCGGGCCCGGCCCUGGAGCUUUGGCACGGCUUGCCGAGUCUGCCCAGGAGGACCCUCUCGACCUUGUAGCCGCUGCCGCGUCCGUCCUACGCUGGUUGGACGGGCGGCUUUGCUGGAUCCUGGUUGAGUAG